AUGGGCUCGAUAGGCAUUGAGAAUGGCUUUGGCAAACGUCCACAUACCCCGUCGGCAUACACCAUCCGGGAAGAACCAAGCGGCGCCGGACGGAAGAUCAAGAUCAUCGUCAUCGGGGCCGGCGCCAGUGCCAUCAACUUCGCGCACGAUGUCGACACGUGUGGCCUCGAUUUAGACCUCGUGGUGUAUGAAAAGAACCCCGAGAUCGGUGGGACGUGGUACGAGAAUCGCUACCCCGGCUGUGGCUGCGAUAUUCCCUCGGUCAACUAUCAGUUCUCAUGGGCUCCUUCGGCGGAGUGGACUUCUUUCUACUCCAGUGCCACGGAGAUCCUGAAAUACAUGCAGGGCGUUGCCGAGACGAAUGGCCUUCUGAAGUAUAUGAAGGUCAACCAUAGAGUCAUCAGUGUUGUCUGGAACGAGGAGAGCCAGGCUUGGACCGUUAGAGUCCAACGAGGCGACAACCCCGAUGAUGUGAUUGAAGAUACUGGUAACGUCCUCAUUAAUGCCACGGGAGUUCUGAACAAAUGGAAAUGGCCCGACAUUAAAGGCCGUGACACGUUUCAAGGUCGCAUGGUUCAUAGUGCACACUGGGAUGACAGUGUCGAGUUGAAAGGACAGCGAGUGGCCGUCAUCGGUUCGGGAUCUUCGGCGGUGCAGAUUGUCCCCAACAUUCAACCCAUUGUCUCAUCGAUGAAAUGCUUCAUCCGAAGUGCAUCGUGGGUGACCGCCGGUUUUGCGCAGCGGUUUGCUGGGAAGAAUGGUGCCAACUUCAGAUAUACCGAAAAGCAAAAGGGUAUCCUAAGAAACGACCCAGUCAAAUAUCUUGCCUACAGAAAGAAGAUCGAAUCAGAGCUGAACACCCGGUUUCGGUUUAUAUUGAAUGGUUCAAAAGCACAGGCAGAAUCUCGGAAGUUUGCGGAGGAGGAUAUGAGAACGAGACUUGCUGCUCGUCCUGAGAUUGCCGAUUGGAUUGUGCCUACCAAUUUCGCCGUUGGCUGCCGUCGACCAACCCCUGGCAAUGGAUACCUAGAAGCUCUGUGCGAGGAAAACGUUUCGGUGGUGACACAGUCAGUUGAAGAAAUUACCCCCCGAGGGAUCAAAACGACAGAUGGAGUCGAGCAUGAAGUCGAUGUGAUUGUGUGCGCAACCGGCUUCGACGUCAACUGGAGGCCAGCCUAUCCGACGAUCGGACGCGAUGGACGAAGUCUCAGCGAGGAAUGGAGAGAUAUUCCGAGCACCUAUUUGUCUAUCACUGCUCCUCAUUUCCCCAAUUACCUUAUCUUCAAUGGACCAUUCGGCCCUUACGGACACGGGAGCUUUCUACCUAUCACCGAAACCCUCUCCAAGCAUUUUCUCAAAAUAUUCGACAAGAUGUCGACCGAAGGGGUCACUUCUUUUGAGCCGAAGGAAGCCGCGGUUGCGGACUUUGCUGAGCAUCGCAGACAAUUUAUCCCGCGGACUGCUUGGUCUUCCCCAUGCCGGUCGUGGUUCAAACAGGGCACGGUGGACGGUGAAGUGAUGAUGUGGCCAGGAUCGCGUAUACAUUUCUUCGAAACCAUGAAGUAUCCUCGUUGGGAGGACUACCACCUCAAGUAUACCACCUCGAACCGCUUUGGAUAUUUAGGAAACGGCUUCGCAGCUCGCGAAUACGACGGACGUGACCUCUCGUGGUACCUGGGUUUGCUGGAUGGAACGGAUUCGCAGCCUACUUUGCCAGACGACGAUUUCCGCGACUUUAUUGUUCAAUGA